UACACAUAAGAUGGAUACACGUAACUAAACGAAAACAUAAGAAACCCGGUGUUUGUGGUUGAAAACAAAUAGUGUUGAAUACAAAUGUUAAUUUUUUCAAGUGUUUGCGUUAAAAAUUAAAGGCUCAACUGUAAUGAAUUUCUUCAUUUCUUUUGAAAUAAGAAACGCCUGGUUAUGUCAUUGAGUAAAUAACUGCAGGCUUGCGACAGUACUUAGUUGACUCAAGCAACGGAAACGCUUGGACCGGCUGCAGACAGCUUGUGCCGGAUUUUAAGAGUGGUUGUCUGCUCUGCCUCACGUAGUCUCAAGUUUGCACUUUGUAAACUUUGCAACGUCAUGCUGCAUUAAAGAUUUACCGUGUCAUUCGAUGUGCAUUCGAUUUGAUUUUUCAAAGAAGGAAGACCCGCUCUCUUCGAAUAUAAUCGGUUCAUGUUAACACUACAAAGAGAAUUUUAAAGCUUUGAUAAAGUGAAGUUAAAAGUGAUUAACGUCGAAAAUGAAAAACCACCGCAAUAUUUUACACGGACCACCAUUUGUUUUUGAAUUUCCAAACGGGACGACAGUUGGGCAAUUACUUUUCGAUCAAAUUGCUAGUGCUGACGAACAAAUCGCUCAAAUUCAAAAAGAAACUGGCCAGGAAUUAAAAUUCAAAGAUAUUCUUGAAAAAAGUUGCAAGUUAGCUGUAUACUUGAGAAAUAAUGGAAUACAGGUCAACGAUAGAAUAUCUAUCUGUAGUGAAAACAAUUUGGGUUGGUCCAAUACAAUAUGUGCAACUUUGUUUGUGGGUGCUACUAUUUGUCCCCUAAAUCCUAUGUACUCAGAGAGAGAAUUUCUACAUGCCAUCAACAUUACCAAACCAAAAAUUUUAUUUGUUUCCCCAGCGGUAUUCACAUCUGUAAAUAGUUAUAUAAGAAAACUAAAUUGGAGGCCAAUUGUAAUAUUACUAUUUAAUGAUCCCAGCAUCAACAAUAUUUCAAUUAAUGAUUUGAUAACAAACAUCUCAAAUAAAGAUAUAGCUGACUUCCACUUAACAAAAGUUGAUGUGAAUAGUCAUAUAGUAUCUAUAUUGUGUUCUAGCGGAACAACUGGCCUUCCGAAAGGUGUGAUGCUCAGUGAUAAAAAUUAUUUAACUAAUAUUCAAACUAUGAUGGAUGGAACAUUUGGGCUUUCAUCUUCAAGUCAAGUUCUUAUUUGUUUACUACCAUUCUUUCAUGCUUACUGUUUUACUGUACUUAUUAUGGGGCUCAUCGCUGGAGCUACUGGUAUUGUUUUUUCUCAUUUUGAAGAAGAAGCUUUUUUGGAAACAAUACAGCAGUACAAAAUUGAAGUCUUAACACUUGUACCACCACUUAUGGUAUUUUUGGCCAAACAUCCUCUUGUUGAUAAAUAUGAUUUAUCAUCAAUCAAGAUUAUAUGGUGUGGGGCAGCUCCUCUUUCACGUAAUAUUGAAGAAACAAUUAAGAAACGUCUAAAAAAUAUUGAAAUUAGGCAAGCUUAUGGGAUGACUGAAACCACCUUGAGUGUGACAAAAAUUCCUGAAAAUUGUGGUAAACUAGGAAGUGUUGGUAAAUUACUACCCGGAGUAUCAGCCAAAGUUGUAGCUGUUGAUGAGAUUGGUGCUGUAUCUGCUGAACCAAUGGGCCCUAAUUGUAGAGGAGAAUUAUGUUUCAAGGGAGAUAUAAUUAUGAAAGGGUAUUGUGGUGAUGUAUCAUCAACAUCUGCAACAAUAGAUGAAGAUGGCUGGUUACACACAGGCGAUAUUGGAUAUUAUGAUAAUGAUGGUUAUUUUUAUAUUGUUGACCGUUUGAAAGAACUUAUUAAGUAUAAAGGAUUUCAAGUGCCACCAGCUGAACUUGAAGCUAUUUUGCUGUCUAAUCCAAAUAUUAAAGAUGCUGCUGUUGUGGGAUUGCCAGAUGAAAAAGCAGGUGAAUUGCCAAUAGCUUUUAUUGUCAAACAACCAAAUUCAACAAUUACUGCCAAAGAGGUUCAACAGUAUGUCAAUGAACGCGUCUCAAACCAAAAAAGACUACGAGGUGGUGUUAGAUUCUUAGAUAACAUUCCAAAAAAUCCAAGUGGCAAAAUACUCAGAAGAGAAUUACGAGCUUUAUUAAAGUCUAAGUUAUAAUCAUUAUUAUUCAGCAGCAUAAUAUGAGAGGAAACGAUGUUUUUAAAUAUUUGAUUUGUUUAGUAUUUAGUGUUUGUUGAAUAAGUCAAUAGUGUCAACAAUUUGUUUUUUUACAAUUUUUCCAAUUUAACACUUUAUUAUAAACAUAGUU